GAGAUGGUGUAUUGAACAAAGCAAACUAAAAUUUUUUGUUUAAAAAGAAAAUCUAGCUGAUUGAAUAAUUCAUCAAUCAGUCCCCAAAAAAAAAGAAAGAAAUUUUAAAAUGUUAUCAAUAUUUUCAACAUCAUUAAUUCUACAAUGGUCAUUAUUAUCAUUAAUAAUUUAUUUAAUAAUAUCAUUAUUAAAAUGGUUACAAUUUAAAUUUAAUUGUUUAAAUUGUUUUGAACGACAAUCAAUACCUGGUCCAAAACCAUCAUUUUGGUUUGGUAAUCUACCUGAAUAUAUUCAAAAUCCAUUUGUAACAUUAAAUAAAUGGUCAAAUAAAUAUGGUAGUUAUUUUGGUUAUUUUUUUGGUAAUCGUCCAAUAUUAGUUAUUAAUGAUCGUGAUGCUAUAUAUGAAAUAUUGAUUCAAAAUGGUUCAAAAUUUCCAAAUCGUCAAAAAAGUGAUGUUGAAUUAGAACCAUUUCAAUCAUCAUUAUUAAAUCAACGAGAUAAAGCAUGGAAACAUGCACGUCGUAUAUUAACACCGGCAUUUACAGCACAUAAAAUGUCAAUGGAAACAACAAGACAGGCAAUCGAUUUAUCUGUUAAACGUAUGAUCGAAUCAAUGGAAAAAAAAUUAUCAAAAAAUAAUUCCGAUGAAUUAUUAUUAAACAUUACACAACAUAUGAAUUCAGUAACAUUAGAUGUAAUAUGUCGUUUAGCAUUCAAUAUGAAUGAUACAGAUGUACAUGAAGAUCAUUCAUCAUUUCGUAAAAUGGUUGUCGAUUUUAUGCAACAAUCAUCCGAUCCAACAUUACGUAUAAUUGAAUAUUUUCCAUUAUUAAAAAAAUUUUUACGUUUUUUAUUCUAUUUUUUUGGUAAUGGAAAAUUAUUGCAAACAAUUUCAGAAAAAUUAGAUAAUGAAAUAUCAAAAUAUUAUCAGGAAAAAUUACGUAAUCAUUUGGAAGAAAAAAGUGUGAAAAAAAAUAAUCGUAAAAUAAAUAUUUUAGAUUUUAUGAUUGAACAACAAGAAUUAGGUAAUCUAAAUGAAUUACAAUUGAUCGGUAAUGCAGUUGUAAUAUUAUUGGCUGGUUAUGAAACAACUGCUACUGGUUUAUCAUUUACACUUUAUCUUCUAGCUAAACAUCCGGAUUGGCAAGAAAAAUUGCGUAAAGAAAUUUUAGAAAAUUUUAAUGAUGAUUAUGAUUAUUGUCAAUUUGAUCAAUAUCGUUCAGAAUUAUUGGAUCGUAUUUGGUAUGAAUCAUUACGUCUUUAUCCACCGGUUAUUUCAUUUAUAACACGUCAAUUAGAAACCGGUAUCGAUGAAUAUCAUAUGGAAAAUUUAGAUAUUAAUAUUACUAAAAAUAUGACUAUUUUGGUACCAACAUGGGAAGUACAUCAUAAUGAAAAAUAUUGGCCACGACCAAAUGAAUUUGAUCCAAAUCGUGAUGAUUUACCAAUACCCGGCAAUACAAAUGUCAAUAAAAAUUCAGCAUUUCUUGUAUUCGGUAGUGGACCACGUAAUUGUAUCGGUGGUAAUCUAGCCAUAUCAGAAUCAAGAGCCGUUCUUGUUGCAUUAUUAAAACAUUAUCAAUUUGAUUUGAUUGAUGAUCCUAAUUCGGAACGAUUUACACCAAUCGAUUCGAAUACAGGUUUGAUAAAACUUCGUUGUCCAACUGUAAUUAUACAUCCAGAAAAAGAUAUCUGGCUUCGUGUAACAAAAAUUUGUUAAUUCAAA